UCAACUGUACCUUUAUCAAAAUUCAAAACAAGACGACAGUUUUCGAGUUAGGUGAUUUUUAUUUAUAACAGUGUCUAAUUAUUUAGCGUGUCACUAAAUCUGAUAUGAUUAAAAGCUUUCGUUGCUUGAAGUACAUUUCCCCUGCCAUAGUAUCCAAAAACAUCGCUUAUCCAACCUACAUUCGAAAAAUGGCAUCUGCAGCUAACGUCCCAGUUGUGGAUAUUGAUCCUGAAGGUGUUUUUAAAUACAUAUUAAUAAAUUUGUAUGACAAGAAUCGAAGUGAAAGUGAACCUCAAAAAGUUUUAGUCAGGGGCUAUAAACGAUGCAACUACCAUUCAGAUAUUUUUGAUGAGGUUCAAGAUAAGCUCUCACCACUGGAUUGUGAACCGCUCGGAGGAGGGAGGAUAUCUCAUGAUGCAGAAAAUAAGAAAAUACACAUAUAUGGCUAUUCCCAAGGCUAUGGCAAAGCAGACCAUGAAAUAACAGCUAAGUUGGUUAAGGAGGCCUACCCAGCUUAUACUAUAACCAUCAGUGAUGAAGGGUACUGAGGAAUAUAAAAAACAUUGUUGAUUUGUGUUCACAAUAUUGCCCAAACUUAUAUGCUAAUCUGUCUUAUUUGUUAUGCUAACUUUUGAACACUGAAAUAUUAGAAAGUACCUAGCUUAUGUCCCCCGAGCUUCAUUUAAUAUGCUUUGAAUUUUGUAGUAUUAAGUAUACAGUUUUAUAAUAAAGUAUUUUCGUUUUCUAA